AUGGGGAAGUAUAGGUACUGGGGGUGCGAGGAGGUCAGUGACCUCGUGAACAUUUGGUCCGCGGCGGGUUCCAUCCGCGCCUUCAGACUUCGCUGCCGCCCCCAGGGCCGACAGCCCGUCCCGUUGAUGCCUCCCGCGCAGCUUCAUCCGGGAGCGCCCCAGGUGGUCGCUCCGGCGCCCGCGGUCCCUCUUCAGUCGCCACCGCCUUCGGAGCUGAUGGACGUCGACCCCUCAGCCGGGCCGCCUUCCCAAGCGGUGGCUGUGCAGCCUGUCCUGCAGCCGCUUUCCUUGGGCACCCCCAAGGAGUCUGACAACGCAGCGCCUUGUCCGGCGCCCACUCAGCAGCCGUCGACGCAGCGUCAGGAGACGCUGCCUCUCUUCGUGGGUCCCGACGCCCCGUCGCGUCCAGUACCAGAAGCUGCGCCCGUGGUCACAGGCGUGCACCCUGACCUCGGUUUUCAGGCUGAGGGUGCCUCAGCUGAGAGGCGGCGCGUGUUCGAGGGCGGCGGCGCCGGGCUGGACCGGGAGCGGCCUAGGGCCCGCCGCCCACGGGCCGCCGCCCACGGUCCACGGCAGAUAACGACUGCCGCCGCCCACCGGUCGCCAUUAGCCGUCUCCGGCGCGCCGGACCACCGCGCUUCCUCUGGCCGGCCCUUGGUCACGCAAGAGGCUGUCCGUCCUGCCUAA